CAGGACCGAGUGCUCAGUGUGCUCUGCUUUGGGUGGAAAAAAAAAAAAAGCCAGCUCCAAACAAAGAGCAGCCCCGGUCCCGCCCGCCCCGGGCCUGUGGGCGCGUCCCCCAGUCUGAGUGAGAGGGGCAGCCAGCAGCCACCGAGGGCCUGUGGGCAAGGAGCGCAGGGUGGAGCGGGCAGCUGUGGCCAGGACAGCCACAAUCACUGCUCCGGAUUCCCGAUCCCUCGCAGCAUCCAGCCUGGCGGUUUUGGCCGGGUCCAGCCACCAUGGCACACUGCAAAUCAGAGCAGGAUGACUGGCUGCUGGCCCACCUGAAAUACCUGCUCUUCAUCUUCAACUUCUUCUUCUGGGUAGGUGGGGCAGCCGUCAUGGCCGUGGGUAUCUGGACACUGGUGGAGAAGAGCGGUUACCUCAGCAUCUUGGCCUCCAGCACGUUCGCUGCCUCUGCCUACAUCCUCAUUUUCGUUGGUGGUCUUGUCAUGACGACUGGCUUCCUGGGCUUUGGGGCCAUCAUCCGGGAGCAGAAGAGCUGCCUCUCCACAUAUUUCUGCCUGUUGCUGGUCAUCUUCCUUGUGGAGCUGGUGGCAGGGGUCCUGGCACAUGUGUACUACCAGAGGCUGAGUGACGAGCUGAAGUGGCACCUGAACAGCACCCUGACUGAGCACUACGGACAGCCCAGGGCCGCAGAGAUCACAGCCUCGGUGGAUCGGCUACAGCAGGACUUCAAAUGCUGUGGCAGUAACAGCUCAGCCGACUGGCAGCACAGCGCGUACAUCUUGUCUCAGGAAGCCCUGGGUCGCCAGGUGCCUGACAGCUGCUGCAAGACAGUGGUGGCCCGCUGUGGUCAGCGAGCCCACCCCUCCAACAUCUACAAGGUAGAGGGAGGCUGUAUGGCCAAGCUGGAACAGUUCGUGGCUGACCACCUGCUGCUCAUGGGAGCGGUGGGUAUUGGGGUAGCCUGUCUUCAGAUCUGUGGGAUGGUCCUCACCUGCUGCUUGCACCGAAGGCUCCAGCAACAAUUUUAUUAAAGGAUACCCAUGUACCCUGCUGACUGGCCCACCCAAGGGACCACAUCUCCACUUCCUGAACCAGGCCUGCAAAGUCAUCGCUGGGGCCGUGGACUCGCUCCACCCUAUGCAGAGGCCACCAAAUGCCUGUGGCUGUGGUUCCUGUGUAUCUCAACCGGGCAGGGGCCUCAGCUCACCCCUCCAUUCCUAAGGACUCAGCCACUGCCAGAAUCCUUGCCAAGGGAUGGUCCUGGCCAGAGGCAGCCAGAGCCCUUUGCCAGGCACUGGGACGCUGUGGACUACAGGGAGUCCAGAGCUCAUCUCCCUCUGAUCCAUCUCAGUGUCUGAGUCUGGGAUAGAAGGCCGUCGGAUGGUCCCUCUGAGAGUCCUAUAGGGCUUGGCGUGUGAUUCCCACUGGCAUGUGGCCCCAGGCUGGCUCUCCUUUGGGAAAACCGGCACUUUGGGCAGACCAAGUUAGCUCAGCCUUUCCCAAAACCUGGCUGGUUUUUCAAUCUCUCCGCAGAAUAGCUGGCCAAGUCCUUCCUGUAAGGCAUGGGGCAGAAGUGAUCAAAGGUGGGGCAUCUUAAGGUAGCUGUUGAAGCCAACAGCACAGGGCACUAAGGAAGCAGGUUGGUCACAACACCUGGGAGAGUCACACGAUGGUCACAAUCCCCAGCCUCUGGUCCUGUUCCCAGGCUUGACUUCCAAAAUGUCAGGCUUAAAAUGUUAGUGAAUGUAAAACUAUCCCCUCCCCGAGAGGGGGGGGGCACACCACAGUCUCAGCUGCCAAGGAGAGGACGCUACAAGGAAGGAGGAACUCUGCCUGCCCCCCAUUUCCUGGUGCCUUUGUGACCUCACUGUUUCUCUUCCAUGAGUUCUCCACUUCCUUGUCCACUGUGCUGGAGUAGAUGCUGGCCCGUCCUUCAUUCCUCUCUUUAGUCACAGAAUGACACAGGAGAUUCAGGGAGAGCUCAUGUGUUAAAAGACACGGAAAGAAAAUUCUAGAAAAAUCAAAGGUUGAUAGUAGGUAUCAUAGACAACCAUAGGGACCCCCCCCCCCCUGUGAUUAUUAUUACUGUAGGCAGCUUUGCACACCAGGGCUCCACUCCCAGCUUCAGUCUUCCCUGCUUGGGUCCUGCUCAUCUCUACAAUAACAAACCUCAGCUCCGACAUGAACCAGCAGCGUCUUGUUGACAAAACAGCGCCCAACUGGUCGUCUACCUGGCUCAGUUCUCACUGUGGUGACCCCAGAUCCUGCUGAGCUGGGUCGAUUGUUGGAGAGAGAUGAGUUCCCACCCACACAUGGGUGGACUAAGGGCCACUGGUUGCAGUCACCAGCACAGGUGGAAUUCCACAUGCAGGGCAGGAAGUAGCUGUGUGCACAAAGGGAACAUCAGGCUCUCGGGACAGCCUCCUCCACGCUGGCGUUCUCCAGGGGCUACUCAGAGCCUGGACUGGCUUAUAUCCACCUGAAGGACCAACAGUAAGAAGACACUCACUCCCAACAAUCCCAGACUACACUACAUACGGCUCAGAGAAAACCUCAGCCACCCUCCACCUUCCCAGGAUUCACGCAGAUACUCAGACUGGCUGUGGUUCCGAAGCUUGUAGAUGGAGGAUGGAGAGGAAAAGUGGUGGGGUCCAGGCAAUGUUCUUCCCAAAAAGGCACUGAGGGAGGUGACAGUGUGCAAAGGGAUACUGUGGCCUCCAGCAUCUACUUUGGUGGGCUCAUCAGGGAGAUGAGGUCAGAGGUGAUAAGCAGCCACUGUUGGUACAGACUUGAUGCAGAGGUAGUCCAAGAGAGCAUGAGGCAUCCGCUCAGUCAGAGCCCCAGAGUGAGCAGACAGCCCCAAAUGUGACUACCUUGACCAUACAUCAGCUUUGGUGACAAGAUGGGAUGAGAGGAUAUGAAGCACAUAGUAGGCCAGGUUCGUUCCAGCAGCUGCAAAGGCUGGAGCCAAGUCUGUAGUGAGGUGUCCCCAACAGAUUCAUGCCAGAGUAUUUCUUCCUAUUUCCCACUCAGGGACAGGACCCUGUUCCGAGGUUAUCGGUCUGGAUUUCUUAGAGAAAGGGAAGGACACACCUGUAGAAUGUCACCCUCAGUCCUGGGUCAGCACAAAACAUACUGGGGUCCCAUGCCAGGCCCUGAACUUGGUGUAGCUCAAGCCAGUGGAACCUCAUUCUAAGCAUAUAAGUGAGCCACCAUUCCCUAAGCUCAAAGUGGCCACCUCGAAAACACAGCCUACCCCUAAAUCCCCCAGUGACCAGUAUUGGGGAACAAGGAUGGACCUUAGUCUAUGACAAGCAGAUGAGGUGUCUCCAUGCAUUUGUCCUUUUCCCUCCCCAACAGUGCAUCCCCACCCUCAUCCCAUAGCAUCGUUGGCAUGUAUAUAUUCUUUACUAUGUUAUUCAUAGUGACACCAACGGAAUGUGCUAUAGCCCCCAUUCUGUUGAUGAAGAAACUAAGGCUUGGACAAGCUGGACAUCAGUGGUGAUUGCUGUUGCCAUGGCCCCAGUCAGGUGGACCUAAAGAAAUCUUGUCUGGGUGCCUCUCCUUCCCAGCAUCAGCUGCCACAGCUGCCAGGGAGGUAUUCAGGAGCAGAGUGUCCUAUGUGGUGUGGCCAAGUAGUGGCAGCCUUGACACCUCCCAGGUUGGAUGGGAGCAUCCUGCAUGGCCGAUCCCAGCAGCUUUCUGUUGAAGCAGACACCUGUCUCAUUUUGGAACGACAACCAGGUCCUCUAGAGCAACUAAGAAGGUCAGGGCUCAUAGGAAUGGCUCGGAGCACACUCCGGGGUCCUUCAGAACCAUGAUACUGAGAACAGGGCCUGUCUUAGAGAUCAGUCUCCAUAAAGAUGGGAGUCAUACCAUGUGGGGAUCACACUGUAUCCACUCAGAGUCACCCAGGCAUGGAGGUGCCCUGGAUGUUGGCGCUGAGACUCCCCUCAGGCCAGGCUCUCCUCUACCUUCUUGCCCAGCUCCCAAGCUCCUAUUCUGAUUAUUUGUUGUUUCUGAGUGGACACAAGGUGAUUUUUGUCCUGAGUGCCUUCACCCUUCACAUGGCCAUGGGGGCUCAGCUCCUAAAGGUGCCGGAUGUGGGGGUACGCACAGCAGGCCAGUGUGAUGAGCCGCUUUGAGCUCAGAAUCUGCCUCUCUGGACAGCUUCCAAGGUUUUAAAUAAAUGGAUCAGCUAGAACCUGC